CUAAAAUUUGUUUCAUUGCUUUUAUGUUCUAAGGAAAUAUGUGUUUGUUGGAGAUUAAGUGAUAUUACCGGAGUUUUAUUGGAUUAUUUGGUAAAAAGUAGAACAACAGAAUAUGUUUUUUUCUAGUAGUUCAUACAAAACUGAGCGAAUGUAUUUAGUGAAGAUUUCUUUUACGCUUAUCUGUGAAUAAUUCACGAGAGCUGAUUUUGGGUAAGAUUCAAUAAAGUUACAGUCUGUCGGAAUAUAUGAUGAGCUACGUAAUAUGAAGUUAUUGUUUCUUCUACUCCAAGAGUAAAUGAAUGACAAUGGGCAUUAAUUUUAAGAGUGUGCUAAGCGACGGUGGAUAAAAUUGUUGUAAACGUCUCCAAAAGGAGGCGAAUAGGAGCUAAACAUCGAAAUAAGAAACGCAGGGAUCACUAAUCAUGCAACUCAAGGACGUCAUUCAGCAGUUAAUUUCUCUAGGCACUAUUUUAAUAUCGAUUGUGGCGAGCAUUAAAGGAGUGGGAUAUGGGCCCGUUGCACAGACAACUAAAGGCAAGGUUCAAGGAUUACGGGUGAAGGUUCAUGGAAAGGAAGUUGAUAUAUACUGGGGAAUACCGUACGCGAAACCUCCUGUAGGUGAUCUACGGUUCAAACACCCCGUUCCAAGUGAUCCUUGGAGAGGUAUUCGUAAUGCAACGGAAAAACCAGCUGCCUGUUGGCAAGGGGAGGAUGACACUAAUCCAGGCCACAAAGGCGCUGCUGUAUGGAACCCAAACACAAACUGCAGUGAGGAUUGCUUGUACUUGAAUGUCUGGGUGCCAACUGACUCCUCUGUAAUAAGCAAACCAGUUAUGAUAUGGAUUUUUGGUGGGGGAUUUUAUUCGGGAUCAUCGGUGCUGGAUAUAUAUGACGGGAGAUAUUUAGCUGCCGAAAAUAACGUUAUUGUUGUGUCUAUGCAGUAUCGGGUAGGGGCUCUUGGGUAUUUAGCACUCUUUCAUCGUGAAGCCCCUGGCAAUGCUGGGAUGUUUGAUCAGGUAAUGGCGCUUGAUUGGGUCCAACAUAACAUUCAUUUUUUUGGAGGCAAUCCUCAUUCGGUGACACUAUUUGGAGAAAGUGCAGGCGCAGUAAGUGUUGGGAUGCAUAUGAUGUCUCCAUUAAGUCGCAGCAAAUUUCAUAGAGUCAUUUUACAAAGUGGUGCCCCACAAGCAGCGUGGGCGACAGUUUCUGACAAGGAAGCUAAAAAUAGAGCGCUAAUACUUGCAAAGAAUUUUCAGUGUAAUUACCCGGAAACUCCGGAUAUAAUUGACUGUUUACGGAGAGUACCUGCCAAUGAAUUUCACCAUCCAGAAUGGGAUACAAUAGAUUAUGGGGUUGUAAGAUUUCCAUUUGUGCCUAUUAUAGAUGGGACAUUUUUACAAGAGGAUCCCGAGAAAUCGUUACGAAAUGGCAACUUUAAGAAAUGUCCGGUAUUAUUAGGCCAUAAUACAAACGAAGCCAAUUUCUGGCUUAUAUAUUAUCAUGAAUUAUUUUCUUUAGAUUCUGAACCUAUGGUUAGUCAAAGUUAUUUUGACACCCUUAUUGAUGAUAUAUUUCAUUAUCAUCCUUAUUAUCCGAAAUUAUUAAACUCUUUCGGGAAGGAGGCGAUAAAAUUUCAAUACCGGAACUGGUUAAAUCCAUAUGAUCAGAAAAUGAAUGCAUGGCAAAUUGAUAUGGCAGUGGGAGAUUUUAGUUUUAUAUGUCCUUGUGUAGACUUUGCUUUACACGCGGCUUCAGCGGGAAGUAGUGUAUAUUAUUAUGUUUUCGAACAUCGGUCAACUAAACAUCAUUGGCCAGAAUGGUCUGGUGUUUUACACGCUGAUGAGAUUAAUUUUAUGUUUGGAGAACCAACGAAUAAAUCAUUUGGAUAUACUGAAGAAGAGAAAAUAUUUUCCAAGAAAAUGAUGAGAUACUGGACCAACUUUGCAAAAACCGGGGAUCCCAACAGGUCGCCAGGGUCCUUGUUUUUAGAUGAGUGGCCAUUAUUUGAUACCGUCACCCGCAAACAUUUAAUCCUGAGGCCGGAGCUUAUAAAUCGGCUGAAUAAAUCUUUAGCAAUUGGUCAUGGGUCAAGGGCCAAGGAAUGCUCAUUCUGGAAGGACUAUCUACCAAACCUUGUCGUCAGAACAGCUGAUAUGUCAGAAAUGGAAGUGGAAUGGAAACUUCAGUUCAAUGAGUGGAGCACAAAAUACAUAGUGGAAUGGAAGCAACAGUUUGACAGCUUUUUGUUGGACCAUGGUUUAUCAAAAAAUCGAAACUGUCCGACACCCUAAAAAAUAACAGAAAUACCUCGGAUUUACCAUAUAGCUCGUCAGUCAUAGCGUCAUGCUUAUUUAUGUUGAUCGGAGCAAGAACGAAAGAUUAUUAAGUGUACUCACCGCAUUUGACUGACUUUAUUACGUACUAAGUUAUAAACUGCAUUAAGUUAAAUGGAACCUGGAAUUCCUAUAUUUUGACGUUCAUAUCGGGUGCGUGACGUCAUUUGUGACGUUAGUUUCAUGUGUAUCGUUGCGUUUAAACGUUUUUAAACGACGACAUUUCCAAUUUUACUCACUCUAACUAUAUUACAAAUUUCUAUCAUUUAUAUAAUAAUAAUAAUAGUAAUAAGUGUAGAUGCGUAUGUAAUAAAAAAGAUUAGAUUUGUAUCGAGAAAUAUGCACUUGUUCUUUGGCGGAAUAAUAAUGCGCCUCAUAAGUCACGCAAUAAUUCCGCUGCAGAACUAUUUUUCAUGAUAUGAAUCGUAUAUCCUAAAUUAUGUCAUAGAGGUCUUUAUAAUGGAAGGAGCUCUUCAUUUUAAAACAAUCGCCGAAAACCAUGAAUUAAACAUGUAUACUACUGGUGCGUUUCAAUAAAUUUGUUAUUAUAUAUAUAUUACAGAAGUCUUUACAACCCUUCAUAGUAUUUAGACAAGAAUAUCUAUUAAACGUCUGUUCCAAAAUAAAUUUAAUGUCUGAAAAAUAUCUUCUAUGAAAUAGCUCUAGCGUCUUCUUUCUACCUUUAUCUACAGCAGCCAAGGAGGAACAGCUUUAAACUCUAAGUUGUUUUAGAGUACGGUUUUAAUGCCCCAAUAAAAGUGAAUAGCUGAAAUGCUUCCGCUUUCUUGAAAAUUAACAAAUUAGUUUGAACUUACAAACACAUAAACAAUUACCCAAAUCAAUCAUCUAUCGAAGAUCAAAACACAUUUUUCUCUAAAGUGUUAUUCUUUAUGAAAUGCUAGAAAUACAGAUAAUCGAAAGAAUAUUUGACCCGCGCCAUGAGAAAACCGACACAAUGCGUUUGCGAUCAUCAUGCAUCCGCGCAGUCUGGUCAGGAGAUCCAUGCUGUUCGCUUUAAAGCCUAUUGCAACUAGAGAAAACGUUAGCGAAUAGCAUGGAUCCUGACCAGACUGCGGAUGCGCAGGCUGGUCUGGAUCCAUGCUGGUCGCAAAGCCACUAUGUUGGUUUUCUCAUGGCGCGGCUCAUUUCUACUCAGUUCGCAUCUUACAUGACAUGUCAAAUCUUCUACAGAUUUCAUAGAUAUUUGUCUAGUUCAGUAUAAAGUACCGUCAAUUCAGUAGUUGAUGUUUGAUGAUUUUACGUAGGUCAUAUAUUUGUAGACACUGAUUCUCAAAUACAGGUCAAAUGUGUGAUUUGUAGACACUGAUUCUCAAAUACAGGUCAAAUUGUGUGGUUCGGGAAACAAUGCUGGAAAAGAGGAUAAAGCUUGAAGUAUUUUUUCUACGAAAUGUACAUCUUUUAUUUAUUUAUGUAUUUUGUAAGGAUAUCUCUGUCGUUUGAUGACAAAAGAUGAUAUUAGUUUUGAAUUUUUGGAUUUUUAUGAAAAUUUGUUUGUCACAAUUCAUUAGAUACAUUUUAUCAUAUAACCUUUGUGUUCUUCAUCAUUGAAUACAAUUUUCAUGACUUUGUUUAACAUGUUUGUUGUAUUCUCACGAAAUUAGGUUUAUUUGGAUACAAAGGGUGGCAAAAACUUUUGCAAUAGAUAGAAAUAAAUAGCAAUAAAUAAUUAUGCACAGGUCAUUUUUGAAAUGCACAUGUAUUUGUAAUUGUCUAUAUUAUUUUCAGUCACAGUGUCUGACAUUAGUUUGUAAAGAAUCGCAUUUUUGAGAGCUGUAAUCGGGUCAUUGCUCCACUGAAUGCAUGGUUUAGAAACGUCUACGAACUUCCGGUUUCAGAACAUAUAACAAUGGUUCUUAUAUUGUAGUUUUGUAGUUCUGUGAUAAGGAAUAUGUUUAUAUGUCUGUCAAAGAAAAAAAGGUGAUAAAACUACUUGUUAGUUGUGUUGAAAAUAAGUCGAAAGAAUGGCAUGUAUACAUAAAUUUUGAACAUGUAUUCUUUGUUUUGAUCAUGUGCUUUCCCUUAUACAUGUAAGUGCUGGCGUAAAAUCCGGAUUCUAAUAGCUAACAUACCAGUAUUUAAUUUGAGAAAUUCAAUUUUCUUCUGAAAUAAAACGGUUUGUUCGUUUGAAAAUGUUGCUGUUUCAAACCGUAUAUCACUGGCUCGAUACAUAAACGAGGACAAGUUUGAACGAUAAAUAAUCAGAAAUUAUUGUUUAGUUUAUAAUUCAGUACAAAUAGAGAUGUACAUAAUUAUAUAUCAUAUACCAUUUAAGUCCUUCUAGCAUAAACACAGUUAUGCAUUACUUACCUCCUGUUUAUGACGCUGAGCGGGUAAAAUUUGGUUCAAACUUUUGACAAGAAAUGAAAAAGACAUUACUUGUUUGUUCUGUUUAUACAAUUUAACAGUAUUAUGCAUAAGGUGCAUAAACAUUAUAUUCUUGUAGGUUGAAAUGGACCGAGGUUUGCUUCUUAUGCCAAACAAUAGUGUUUAUAUACUGAUACGAUAAACUUAGUGACAAGAUAGGGUUUACUAUGAUGAAAGUGAUCUAACUAUGACAAUAAUGAACAGUGAGAGAGCGAUUUCACUAAGACAGAGAAAGUGACAACGAGGCUACUAUGAAAACAGCGAGUAAACUAUAACAACGAGAUUACUAUAAAAACGAGGAUAUAAAAAUAGCAGCGAUUUUACUAUGACAACAGCGAACGGAGAGCUUACUAUGAUAUCAGCGAUUUCACCACGACAGAGGCAACAACGAGUAUUACAACUGUGCGGGUAACGACCAACAAUUAUAAAAACAGCUAAAUUAUCAUAUAACAGCAACGAUUUUACUGUCAACAACGAGUUAACUGUGAAAAAAUAUCAGCGAUUUUACUGUGUGUGAACAGCGAGUUUACUAAAAUUAGAUAUAAAAACCACCGAAUAUAGUGAACAAAGUUUGAAAGUUUUAAUAUCACAACAGUCAAUUUUCUUCUUGCGUUGUAUUUUUCCAUGCGUACAUCGCUUAUGAGUAGACAAAAAUAAGUAAAAUACAAUAACUUAUAUAUUACUUGCUUCGUCCAUAUUUUUACCGAUGUUUUGUCCACUCAGUUAUAACGAGAGAGCAUUAGUUCAUUAAUCAAACAUGUCAUUUCAGCAUAUAUUUUCGUCAAUACACCAUGCGUUUCUGAUGUCUCCAAAAAGUCCCACCCAGACAUGAUGUAGUUUGUUGCUCAGCAUAGCAACAUAAAGUCGGUGAAAAUCAAAUUUAAAUAGUUUGUUCAAACUCACAAAAGAUACCGUUGUUAGCAUUUCCGCUAAUUUCAAUUUUGCGAAGCAAAUCUUUUGAUUCUUUUUGUUUAGAUAUACAUGUAUUUACAGUAAAAUAUCUUAUAACGGAAUGAAAUUGUUUCUUAUUGAAGAUUCUAUAUACAGUUUAUAUUACUGCAAAACACUCGACUAAACAAACCUUGAAUAGAAAUGCUAACUUAACGGUAAUGUUCAUGUUGUAAUAGAUGGAGUUCCGUGUUCUCAUGUUGUAUGUUAUACAUGUAAUUUAAUUGUAAAUGUAUGUAAAGUAUAUAAUGAAAAUAUGAAAAUAAAUAUUUAAACAAACUGG